GUGGGCCGCGACUCUCACGGAUCCGGUUCCGCCCUCCCUCUGGUUGCCGACCCUCCGGGGCUAGCGCCUGAGAUCCCUUUCCCAGAGUGCUCUGCGCUGUGAAGAAGCGGCUCCCGGGGACUGGGGGCAUUUUGUGUUGGCUGGAGCCGGAGUAACAAGAUGGCGGCGUCGGCGGAGUGACAGGAGUCCCUCCGGGCGGGAGCCGGCGGCAGUGGUGGCAGCGGUAUCGCCGCCCUAAACCACCGCGCCCCUUUUCCAGCCCGCGACGUCGCCGUGAAAGCGAGGCAGCGGCGGCCGCCCAGGAACAAGUGGCCCAGCCUGGUAACCGCGAGAACCCCCUCAUAAACUGCGGCCUGGCAAAAAGAAGCCGGACUGAGCGGCGGUGAUCAGGUUCCCCUUGACCGAGUCUGGGCCCUGUAACGCCUGGAAAGAGCCAGCGCUUGCCGUUUCCUGCCGCCCUCCUCCGCAGCCUGCUCAGCGGACGAGCCCCAGAGGCCUCUGUUCUCCCCUCAGAGGUGUCGGGGCUUGGCCCCAGCCUCCAUCUUCGUCUCUCAGGAUGGCGAGCAGCAGCGGCUCCAAGGCCGAAUUCAUUGUCGGAGGGAAAUAUAAACUGGUACGGAAGAUCGGGUCUGGCUCCUUCGGGGACAUUUAUCUGGCGAUCAACAUUACCAACGGCGAGGAAGUGGCAGUGAAGCUAGAAUCUCAGAAGGCCAGGCAUCCCCAGUUGCUGUACGAGAGCAAACUCUAUAAGAUCCUUCAAGGUGGGGUGGGCAUCCCCCACAUACGGUGGUAUGGUCAGGAAAAAGACUACAAUGUGCUAGUCAUGGAUCUUCUUGGACCCAGCCUCGAAGACCUCUUCAAUUUCUGUUCAAGAAGGUUCACAAUGAAAACUGUACUUAUGUUAGCUGACCAGAUGAUCAGUAGAAUUGAAUAUGUGCAUACAAAGAAUUUUAUACACAGAGACAUUAAACCAGAUAACUUCCUAAUGGGUAUUGGGCGUCACUGUAAUAAGUGUUUAGAAUCUCCAGUGGGGAAGAGGAAAAGAAGCAUGACUGUUAGUACUUCUCAGGACCCAUCUUUCUCAGGAUUAAACCAGUUAUUCCUUAUUGAUUUUGGUUUGGCCAAAAAGUACAGAGACAACAGGACAAGGCAACACAUACCAUACAGAGAAGAUAAAAAUCUCACUGGCACCGCCCGAUAUGCUAGCAUCAAUGCACAUCUCGGUAUUGAGCAGAGUCGCCGAGAUGACAUGGAAUCAUUAGGAUAUGUUUUGAUGUAUUUUAAUAGAACCAGCCUGCCCUGGCAAGGACUAAAGGCUGCGACAAAAAAGCAAAAAUAUGAAAAGAUAAGUGAAAAGAAGAUGUCCACUCCUGUUGAAGUUUUAUGUAAGGGGUUUCCUGCAGAAUUUGCCAUGUACUUAAACUAUUGUCGUGGGCUGCGCUUUGAGGAAGCCCCGGAUUACAUGUAUCUGAGGCAGCUAUUCCGCAUUCUUUUCAGGACUCUGAACCACCAGUAUGACUACACAUUUGAUUGGACAAUGUUAAAGCAGAAAGCAGCACAGCAGGCAGCCUCUUCAAGUGGGCAGGGUCAGCAGGCCCAAACCCCCACAGGCAAGCAAACUGACAAAACCAAGAGUAACAUGAAAGGUCUUAAAGAUGAGAAGUUGGAUCCAGUGAGUUAGUAUGUUUCCUUGGAAAAAAAAAAUUGUUUCUAAGCAUGAAUCAAGGAACAGAAGAAGCAGAGCAGAUGAUCGGAGCAGCAUUUGUUUCUCCCCAAAUCUAGGAAUUUUAGUUCAUAUGUACACUAGACAGUGGUUGUGAACAACCAUUUACUUGGUGUAAAGAACUUAAUUUCAGUAUAAACUGGCUCUGGGCAGCAUUGGUGAUGCCGUGUCCUGAGUUGUAGCCGCUGUAAUUGUGAAUAUUAACUGAGAUAGUGAAACAUGGUGUCCAGUUUUCUAUUGCAUUUUUUCAAGUGGAAAAGUUAACUCUAAAUGGUUGACACACACAAAUUGGUGGAGAAAUUGUGCAUAUGCCAAUUUUUGUUAAAAUCUUUUAUUUUGAACUAUACUGCUUUGAGAUCUCAUUUCAGAAGAACGGCAUGAACAGUCUUCAGCCACAGUUGUGAUGGUUGUAAAUGCUCACAAUUGUGCGUUCUUAGGGUUUAUCCACCCCUGGGGUUUGCAAGUUGUUCACUUAAAACAUUCUUAAAAUGGUUGGCUUCUUGUUUGCAAGCCAGCUUGAUACGGUAGCAACCAAAGAUUCCAGUGUUUGAGCAUUCGGAAGACUGCCUGCUUACCUGUGCUAGAAAUAACAGCAUCUAAAGUGAAGACUUAAGAAAAACUUAGUGACUACUAGAUUAUCCUUAGGACUCUGCAUUAACUCUAUAAUGUUCUUGGUAUUAAAAAAAAAAAAAAAGCAUAUUUGUCACAGAAAUUUAGUUAACAUCUUACAACUGAACAUGUAUGUAUGUUGCUUAGAUAAAUGUAAUCACUGUAAACAUCUAUAUGAUCUGGGAUUUUGUUUUUAUUUUGAAAUGGGAGCUUUUUUGUUUACAAGUUCAUUAAAAACUAAAAACUGUUUCUGUAAGGAAAUGAGAUUUUUUUUAAACAACAAAAAUGCCUUGCUGACUCACUAUGAAAUCAAAAUCUCCCCAAUUUUUUAAUAGACUACUUCAAGCCAUUUGUUACAUACAGUUCCUUUGCGAAUCAUUUUAGAUUUAGUGUUACAACUUUUCCUCAGAUUUUUUUAUUUAAAAAAAAAAAAAAAAUUUUUUUUUUUUUUUUUUUUUUUUUUUGGUCUGAAGGGGAAAGGCAUUCUUUAUUUUUCCUUUUAUAAUGACUUACAGGCACAGUACCUAGUGCCGUGGCAGCCGGGACUCCGUGUUCUAACUCCUGCGGCCUCGCACUAACCGCUGGACUGAUUGUGCAUAAGAAUGAAAGCGUUAAAGGGUUUAACUACCAUUUUGUAGCUUUUCUUUAAAUUCCUGGUUAAUUUGGCUUUGAGCAGAUUGAUUCUUAACUUUGGAGAGCAUCCCGCCAGGUGGCCAGGUGAGGUUCCUAUGAUUCCUGACCCUCCCUAAGCCCCCAUUCUUUCCCCUAAGUUCUCUGUGCGCUUCCUCUUAAUAAUCUUAAAUGCGCUCUUCUCUUUCCUCUUUCUGACCCAAUAGAAAGAGAAAUUUAUUGACAGUAAUUCUUUAAAUAGCGUAAUUUAUUCAUUUAUAGCAUGUCAGGAUUAAUUAAAAGAACCUUUGUCUGAAAAUGCUGCCAGGAGCCUGUUGUAAAUGUAGGUAUUUUGUAAAAUAACCUUGAAACUGUAAAUUGACAGGUUUGUUCAGAUUGUGUCAGGUUUAAUUUGUUUUAUUUUUUUUCUCUUUCUUUUUUAAAUCUACUUUAGCAAUAAUUAAUUCCAUGAUCACCACAUUCUGCUAUUACAGAAUAUAUUAGCACCCUCCCACUGCAGAAAUCUUAAUGAGUGCGAACUUUUGGGGUAGGCAGCUUACUUGUUUCUUUUCUAUCCACCCAUGUGAGUUAAGGUAUUUGUUUCUUGACUAAUAAACCCUUUGAUACUUUUAGCCAGAAAUCAGUCUCAUAAAGCUAUUUUUGAGUAUAGUUUGUGUAAAAUAAAAAUGUUUAGCUUUGGUAAUAACUUUUCCGAGCUGAACUCCCUCUAGCAAGAUAUUUUUCAGUGCUUUUAUUUACUAUGCACUUAGACUAUGCACUUUUUCUGAAAUAUUUUUGUAACACUUAACUUUUUUGUAUUUUUGCCAUUUGAAAAGGUUGUGGUGUAGUUGGUCUGUAAUUAAGUUGCAGAUUUCAAACUGCUGUUAGCUUUGUAAAUCAAAAUAUAGGUGUUUCUGUCCUGGUAUAUCUUCAUUCCAUCUGCAGCUGGAGCUGGAAUCCCAUUGAUCUUCUAGCUACCAUUCAUUUUCUUCACAGUUCACAAAAGAAGAAUGUGAAAUUCAGUGAAUGCUGUUCCUAAUCCUGUCGGGAGAUGAAUCUCAUUUCACCAAAAUUAAAUUAUGUUUUUCCACUAAAAUGAUGAUACAAGUUGAAGACACAUCACUCUGAAAUUGGAAGACCUCACCACUUAAGGCUCCGCAGUGGCUUACUCAGCUGAACUCUAGGUUACUACUCUACUUUGUUCACCCAUUGGGGGGUGCAGUUUUUUUUAAAUGUCGGGAGAUGGCCAUUCUAACUACUGUUGAAUGUCUCUGUUUUGGGAAGGUAUAACAAGAAAAUAAAAAAGAAUAUAUAUGAA